UCCAAAAGCUCAAGCUUUCUCUCCAAGAAUCCAAAGCAAAAACUCUCUCUCUUUGUCUCUCUCUCUCUCUCAGACUCAUAAAUCAAACCUCACUCAAAGCAAGACAGAAAGACUACAAGUUUACAAUCAUUGCCGUUGGGGUUUCACUCUUCUACGACUAAGAGAGAGCAAUCAUUGGAGUUUUCUGGAAAAGUCUCACAUGGGUUAUCUUGAUCAAGGUGUGCCCAUGGAAUCUUCAAAGAAGAGGAAGACUAGAGGCAAUGGAUUGUCUGUGGCUGAGACAUUGGCCAAGCUUGAGUCUUAUGGUGAUGAUGCGAAACGUGCUCGUAAAUUUUCCCCCAAAGGGCCAAAGAAGGGGUGCAUGAAAGGAAAAGGAGGGGCUGAGAAUUUACAGUGUAAUUACAGGGGGGUUAGGCAAAGGACCUGGGGCAAAUGGGUUGCAGAGAUUCGUGAACCAAAUAGGGGGAAGAAGCUCUGGCUUGGGACAUUUGAUACCGCUGAUGAUGCCGCCUCUGCUUAUGAUGAAGCAGCAAGAGCAAUGUAUGCUGCCUCGGCUAGACUCAACUUUCCAGAGUCUGUUUCCACUAUGUCAGGUCCUACUCCUGCGGGAUUUGAGGCUUCUGCUGAUGAAAGUACAAGUAGUUUGGUAAAGGAUGAAUCUACUGAUAAUGGACAGGAGGAAUUGCUGGCUUUUUCUGAAAAUGAGUUAUUUGAUGCGGCAGAACUUAUAGCACUAUUAGAAGAUAAUCUUGACUUCACAGAUUCAGUACUGGAUUUUGGUUUUGAUGUGAAUCAACUUAGAUUCCCUGACACUGAAGCUGACUUGCCAAGUUUGGUGGACACUGAAGGAAGGGAUGAGCCUAUGUGACAAACUACUCUGUGGAUAAUGGACUUUUCUGUAUAUGAAUAUUUUGGUGUGGGAUGACUUGGGAUAGGGAAUUUAGUUUGUUGACUUCAUGUAAAUGAAAAAAAAGUUUUGAUCAUUAUUUGUAUUACUUAUUGAAAAGUUUUGGUAGGGUAUUUGUAUUUUCUUAACGAUUCUGGUUCAAUAUAAUUGUUCAUUUUACAGUCU